AAUCUAUACCAGUGAUUAUUCCUUUCACUGUUUAACCCUAAUACCAAAGAAAUCAGCUACAGAUGGCCACUGGAAUGGUCCUCAGUGUUGCUAAUACUCUGUUUGCAGCACUACAAAACAAGGAACUAAGAGAGCUAUGCUCCAGUUUUGGGUAUGAAUCCCAACUUCACGAGCUUCAGUGCACCGUCACCUCCAUCAAGGCCUUCUUCCUUGAUGCGGAGUCUAGGCAUCAGGAGCUCACCUAUGAAGAAGGCCUAAAUUGGGUUAAUAAGCUCAAGGAUGCUGUCUAUGAUGCUGACGAUUUGCUCGAUGAAUUCACCACCAUUGCUCAGCAACUCAAAAGAUUGCCCGGUGGUAAAAUCUUCAAAAAGGUACGCCGUUUCUUCUCCCCUGAGAACCAACUAGUCUCUGCAUUUAAUACAUCUCAAGAGAUUAAGAACCUUAGGGAAUAUUAGAUUGUAGUCAAUCUGGGUGUAGUGAUGUGUAUAAACCUAUCAACAGAGAAGAGGAAAAAUGCCCUUGUGUGUUUGAAAUGAGUAUUAUUGGGAGAGAGCCAGACAAGGAAGCUAUUGUAGGUAUGUUGUUGUCAGACUCCAAUUUUUCUGCUGAUAUUAAUCAGGAAAAUGUUUCUUUUAUGACUAUUGUGGGGAUUGGAGGGUUGGGAAAAACUGCUCUUGCCAAACUUGUCUUUAAUGAUAAUAGGAUUAAAGGGGCAUUUGGAGACUGGAUGAAGUGGGUUUGUGUGUCAGACGGAUUUGGCAUAAAAGAAAUCCUUGGUAAGCUGUUGGUAAAGAAUGAUAAUUUAGAAGUGAUGCAGAAAAAAGUUCGAAAUCAGAUAGAAGGGAGAAGGUACUUGCUUGUUCUAGAUGAUGUAUGUAGUCAUGACCGGCAAAAAUGGGCAGAGUUGAGGGAGCUCUUGAGUUUAGGUGAUAAGGGGAGUAGAGUAUUGAUAACUAGUCGCUCUAUGGAGGUUGCAAAUGUUGUUGGUGACCAUCCUAUUCAUGAGUUACAAGGUCUAUCAGAAGAGAAAUCUUGGGAUUUGUUCCGGAUGAUGGCAUUCAAGCAAGGGAAAGAGCAAGAAGACGACGAUCUUGCUGUUAUAGGCAAAGAAAUUACAAAAAAAUGUGCUAAUGUUCCUCUCUCCAUACGGGUGAUAGGUAGUUUGUUGUAAGGCCAAGAUAAGAAGAAUUGGCUAUUUGUGAAAGGUACUGAUUUGGCAAAAAUGAGACAUUCCAGACAAUGUGAUGAGAAUAAAGUAAUGACAACAUUGAUGUUUAGCUAUCAUCAACUUACUAAUGAGUUAAAGAGUUGUUUUGGCUUUUGCUCACUUUCCCCCAAGGAUUAUGCCAUAGAAAAAGAUGUGCUAAUUAAUCUGUGGUUAGCACAAGGUUAUCUUUUUCCAAGUCAUGAAGGUCAAAGCAUGGAAGAUGUAGGUGAAGAAUAUGUUUCAAUUCUUUUGCAUAGAUGUUUUUUUUAUGACAAUGAACAAGAUGAAUGUGGUGAAGUUAAGUCAUUUAAAAUGCAUGAUCUCUUACAUGACCUUGCUUUAGAGGUUGCAGGAGCGGAGUCUUUGAUGUUGACAUCUAGUAUGAUCCAUUUUGGAAAGACUAUUCGUCAUCUAUCUACUACAAGUUAUGCAUAUCUCAAUAACUGGGUUAGUCCAAGUUAUUGCUCGAAUGUUACAGUGCGUACCUUAUUCCAAUUGUACAGUCCUCUGAAAACAUCUGGGAAUGUGGCUGCAAUAAUCUCAAGUUGUAGACGAUUAAGGGUAUUGGACUUGCAUGAUUUAGCCAUUGAAACCUUACCAAAACUAGGUAAGCUCUUACAUUUAAGGUAUCUUGAUGUUUCUGGCAACGAAACAAUGGAGAUGCUUCCUACUUCAAUUACCAAGCUUCAGAAUUUACAAAUAUUGAAAUUAUGCAACUGUAAGAAGUUAAAACAGUUACCAGAGGACGUGAGCAAACUAGUAAAUCUUAGGUUGCUGAAUUUAGACGGAUGCUACAGAUUGACUCAUAUGCCAGCAGGGAUGGAUAAUUUGAAAUGUCUUCACACGCUGACAAAGUUUGUUGUGCGUGGGGAUGAUUCUAACCUUGUUAAAAAGGGGGAGAUCAUAGACUUGAAAGAUCUAGUGAACCUCAAAGGCGACCUCUGCAUUGAAGUGCGAGAAUUUUCUGGCAAAAACAUGCCAGUUGUUACGGAAGGAGCCUAUAUAUUGAAGAAUGCACAUCUUGAGGCAUUACAAAUAAUGUCCUCAGAUUGGUCUGUCCAAAGUGAAGUUCAUGAGACAUUGCUGGAGGGGUUGUAUCCUAACCAUGAUCUUAGCAGGUUUGAAAUGGAGGGAUAUCAAGGGAUCAAAUUGCCAACUUGGGCAUCAACCAUGGAAACUUUUCUUCCAUGCCUUGUCAGUAUCAAGCUGUCAAAUUUACACGAGUUGCAGCAUCUCCCGUCAAUGAGUCAACUUUGCCAUCUGAAAUCUCUUUAGCUUUGGAAUAUGCCCAAGGUAGAGCAUAUUGAAAGCGAUGCACCUUCAGCUUCAGUGUCUAAGGCCACUAAGCCGAUGUUGACUUUCUUUCCAUCUCUUGAGGAGCUAGUGCUAGUAGAGAUGCCACAAUUGAAGGGAUGGUGGAGAAAUUUAUCAUGGAAAGAGAUGGAAGCAGGUGGUGCUUGUCUCAUCAAUGACAGCGGUGGCCAGGAACAAGCUGUAAUUCUCCCUUCAUUUCCCCGUCUCCGUGAUUUGAGUAUUGGAUAUUGCAACAGUAUGACUUACUUUCCUCCGUGCCCACUUCUGAAAAAACUUGAACUUUGGGUCGUCAAUGAAGCAUUGACAUUUUGUAUGAAGGGAGGCUUCCAUCCAAGUCCAAUCAAGAGUACAAUUACUGUCUCAACUUCACCAUCGUCCUCCAGCUCAUCGGUGCCAUGCAGUCCAAGAGAUCCCUUUUUAUGUUUAGAGAAGCUCAACAUAGAUAAUCCAACUAUUUUUAAUUCACUGUUUGAAGAGUUUGUGCUAGGUGUUGUUCAUAUUCAAAUAGAAGAUUUUGCUCAAGUGGAAAGUAUGUGGACUGUUAGGCAGGGAUUUCGAAGUUGUAAAUCUUCAAUUCGACACCUGAAAUUAGAGUCGUGUUCAGAAAUAACCACUCUGUCAGGAAGCGGAAUAGAGCAUCUCUACAAUCUGCAAUCCCUCUCAAUUGAGAGGUGUGAUAACCUGGAUUUGGAAGGGAUGCCAUGGUGUGAUAAUCUGGAUUAUUGGGGAGUGCCAUGUAUUUCUCUUGACUCCCUCUCUUCCUUGAGACUAGCUGAACUUCCGAAGCUGGUGACUCUGCCAUGGAGAUUUCAGUACUUGACCUCCCUUCAAUCCCUCCAAAUUGAACGUUGUGGAAACUUGGAGGCCCUAGGGGAUUGCAUCGGCUCUCUACGUUCGCUUCGUUCCCUCCAAAUUAAAAAUUGUUACAAUUUGAAGGUCCUUCCGGAAUGCAUGGACUCUCUAAAAUCCCUGAAAUUGCUGCACAUCAGCCAUUGCCAUGAACUGAAAUUGUUGCCAGAAGCAAUGCGGCACCUCACCUCCUUAAAAACACUUAAAAUACUAUACGCUAGAGAUGACCUCGAGAAGAGAUGUCGACAGCCAGAUGGGGAGGAUUGGCCCAAAAUACGCCAUAUCCCUCAUGUUUAUGUUAUUGGAUGGACAAGAAGAGCUUUCAUUUACGACAUGUUUGGUGAAAUAUGAUUAAUUAAGCCUUUCUUCAGCCCUCCACCUUUUGAUCUAUAUGUCGUGUGAAUGUCCAAAUUCUGAUCUUUGAUUGUAAGUCUGGAAUCUGAGUUGCUAGAAAUAUCAUUUUCUAAAGAUCAUAUUCGCUUUGAAUUCAGUGUAAUGUGUAAUCUUUUUUUUUUUUUUUUAAUCUCACCAAAGCACAAGACUCUAUUCACAGGGUGAGCAUACUGAGCAGAAUUAGUAUAGGCGUCUAGCAGAAUCUUUGUUGCUAUGUUGUGUGUGUCAAUGUAUCAUGUAUGUUGUAGGUUUUGGUACUGAAUGAUUUAUUAGUAUUACUAUGGAAUUGAAUUGUGAAAUAAUGAUUAUCCCAUCAUUAGUAUUACUAUGUUGUAGGUUUUGCUUGACUCUUUUCAAGAUGCCGCUGUUAAAGGGAUGGUGGAGGGGUUUAAGUUGGAUGGAGAUGGAAGCAGGUGGUGGUUGUUUGGUCAAUGAUACUGGCACUGAUGUGAUUCUCCCAUCAUUUCCUCGUCUCCGUGAAUUGAUUGUUGGGCAUUGCAAGAGCAUGACAUACUUUCCUCCAUGUCCACAUUUGAAAGAGCUUGAUUUAUAUUCCGUCAAUGAUGCACUGAAUUUUUGUAUGAAGGAAGGCUUACAUAAUCCAAGUCCCGUCACAAGCACAAGUACUGCCUCAUCUUUGUCAUCGUCCUCCCACAAUCCUAGUUUAUGUUUAGAGUAUCUCAACAUUGAUAAUCCAAGGGUUUUUAAUAUUCUAUUUGAGGAUUUUGUGGGAGGCGCUGUUCAUGUUCAGAUUGAUCAUUUUGUCCGAGUGGAAAGUAUGGGGACAGUCUCCAAGGGUUUUGAAAAAUGUGAAUCUUCAAUUCGACACUUAACUUUGAAUUCGUGCAAAGAGUUGACGACUUUGUCAGGAAGUGGGAUAGAACAUCUCUUGUACCUAAAAUCCCUCACAAUUGAGUAUUGUGAGAACCUGGAUUUGGAAUAUCUGGAUUGUUGGGGGGCGCGACAUAUUACACUUGAAAACCUCUCUUCCUUGAGUUUAGUUGGGCUUUUAAAGUUGGAAACUCUGCCAUGGAGAUUUAUUCACUUGUCAUCCCUUGAAUCCCUCCAAAUUGAAUGGUGUUGCAACUUGGAGGUCCUUGGGGAAUGCAUUGGCCACAUUACGACUCUCCGAUCCCUCCAAAUUGAAGGGUGUCACAAUUUGAAAGCCCUUCCAGAAUGCCUCAAAUCUCUAACACCACUAAAGUUUCUGCACAUCUCUUACUGCAGUGGACUGAAAUCAUUGCCUGAAGCAAUGCGCCACCUCACCUCCUUAACUACACUUAAAAUUAUUUACGCUAGUGAAGAGCUGGUGAAAAGAUGCCAAAAACCAGAUGGAGAAGACUGGCCUAAAGUAUGCCAUAUCCCUGAUGUUUAUGUUACUGGACACACAGGAACCUGGACGCACAUGUUGGCGAAGUAUUAUUAAUUUUCUUCAGUCCACUGCCUUUUGCAGAGUUGGAAUGUUUGCUAUUUGUUUCUUACAUGUAAGCUAGCUGCUCUUGUUGAAUUUGUUGCAUCAACUGAAUAUACUUCGAUUUUGUUUGUAUCCAAAAUUCUGAUUCAGGCAGCAGCUAACUCAUGCAGCAGCUCAAAAUUGUUUAUGUUAAGAAUUUAAAAUACGUAGUAUAUACAAGUGAAACAUAUAUGUACUCAGAAUUUUGUCAAACAGUCACUUGAAGACCUACCAGUAAUUAAAGGACCAUAUUCUUCCACGUGGCAAUACAUCCUCCAAUACUUAUCUAUCCCAACUCCCAUUUAAAAAAAAAAAAAAAAAAAAAAAGCAUAUGAUUCAUCAAUAUUGCUAGAUAGGUGCUGAAUUUAUCCAUCAACCCAAAAAUCAAAACUUUAAUCCCAAAUCAAAGUAAUCAUUGUAUGAGUUUAAGUAUGAGCAUGAUUAGAGCAUCAACAACAUCAUCAGUAAGUGGCACUAAAUUCCCAACAAUGCAAGAAAUAAUUGAAACUUCAAAAGGCAGAAAUCUGGAUUUAAAGCUGCAAAAAGUGGGACCCUUUUUCAGAAUUACAGCAAAAAGCUUGGAGACAAAUAAAGAGCUAGGAAGAGCUGAAGGACUGAUAAGGGUCUGGUUUGAUGGCAAAAUUCUGCACUUGGAUUCCAUCAGAUUGAAUAGGGAGACUUUGAGUAUGCAAAAAUCUAUUUUUGGUGUUGGAUUGUUCCUUGGUGCUCUUGCUGUUAGGCUUGGUUUCGAUUCCGGUUGCACCACUGCUCAGUUGCUGGCUAUCAAUGACACUGAUCUUUACCAUUCGAAGCUGGUAAGGUUUUAUAGUAGAAUGGGAUUCAAGGUCGUGCAUGAAGUUGAUGGCUCGUCAAUGGGAGAUCUUGCUCACAUGCUAGUUUGGGGAGGUAAAGGAACAAGAAUGAAUGCUGAUAUCAAAGAUCUUCUUUCGAAAUGGUGCACCAUAUUCAAACCAAGAGAUUUAAGGGUAGAAUGACAGCAAGCAUGAGAGAACACAAUUCAACAUAUGAUUUGAAACAAGAGAGUUUGAAGCAAUACAAAAAGAAUACAAUUAAUGGAGAUUCUGUAGCGUACUAUGGCGUACAAAAAAUACAUACAUUCCAUCAAACUUAUGAUUGGAUGCUACUUAUGGUUUCAGUGCAAGUAAUAUGCCAAGUUUGGGAUUUGUGUCAACACAAUUGUAAUCAAACUCAGCUGCCAUUGUCAGUACUGACUUAGGCUUGAACUCGUGUUGCAGAAGUGCUCCGAAACUCCCCUGGUUAUUAAGCUUCAGCUUGAUUAGAGUCAAUUCAUCAACAGCAUAUGAUCCUCCAACAGUUAAAGUAUUUCCUUCUUCAGAAAACCUGUUUUUAAACUCAACUGCUGUAGUGGUUUUCCCUUGAUCAAGGUACCGUACAUAUGAUGCCCUAACUAGGUCACCCUUUUCAGCCCUGAAAUACAUGGCAAGAUCAGGAAAAAUAGACGAAAAAAAUGUACAAAUCUAUCUUUAUUUGGAUACUGCAUGAUGAACCCCCCCCCCCCCCCCCCAACCCAAAAAAAAAU